GUAUUAGAUUGACAAUAUUCAUACCAGCCAUGCAUUCAUAUGAGAGUCAAUAUCACAUUUUUAUGAAUUUUCUACUCAAAACUCAUCGACAAUGAAAUGAUGAGUUUAUAUCAACUGAAUGCUAUUUUAGGUCUCAUCUAAUUAUGUAUGAUUCAUAUGCUUAUUAUUCUGAAUCAAUGAAGUUGGAAACAUUAUAGGAGCUAUCAAAAAGUUUUAGGCACUACGGAAAGCAAUAGUAUGAAGCUUUUGGCUCUCAAUAAAUUGAGAAAGAAAAGCAGUGAUUAGUAGAUGAAGGAAACAUCUAACAUACAUACCAUUAUUCGAAAUUCCUUUAUUUUUUCUGUAACAGACUGUUCUAGGUUUAACAAACUUCUUUCUGCUGUAAACAUUCCAAAGAAGUUGAUUUCACUAAAGUUAGAGAAAGGCUAUACUCCAUAGAGAGAUCAAUUAACCACAAAAAGAACAUUGAGAAAUGAGAAACCAGCCAAACUAAGACAUCAUUCAGGCUCAUUGUUCUCACUGAUUGAUUAGUGAAGAAAAAAAAAAAAAAAAAAAAAAAAGAAACCAGACAAACUAAGACAUCAUUCAGACAUCUUUUUUUUUUUUUUUUUUUUUUUUAGUGAAGAAAAAAACAAAAAUACUUUCAUAUUCAAUUAUUCACUGUAAAAAAAACGUGUGGCAGUCUUCAAAUUUGUGAUAAUAGUUCCUAAACUAAGAAAACAGAAGAAGAAAAACGUGUUUCAAACAUGGAGAUGAGAGCUGUAACUAAUAUACUAUUCUUUACUAACAGAUCUGAAGACUAUAAUACGUUUUCUUCUAUAGAUCUAAAGACUAAUAAUACUUGUUUUCUUCUAGAUCCAACGACUGUUUCUAAAUCUUCCACGUUUGAUACGUUUCACUUUCUUAUUUUUUUUUUUUAAUUUAUAUUCUCGAAACUUGAAACAUUGUAUAUCUAUAUAGAGAAACCAUUUAGACCAUCUUAUCAUCAAACUUGUCAUCAUGAAGAACACUCAACGUCAGUUAUCUUCAUCUUUCAUGAAACUCUACGAGAGACUGUCCUCAGACAUCAACCGUGAAGACAAGAACAAAGACUUGGCGGCUGUCUUUGCAUACAUGGAUGCAAACCGAGACGGUAGAAUCUCAGCAGAGGAGCUUAAGAAGAGUUUCAAGACACUGGGAGAGCAACUAUCUGACCAAGAAGCCGAAGCCGCGGUUAAACUCUCUGAUUUAGACGGAGAUGGGAUGCUGGAUUUUGAGGAGUUUGCUCAGUUACUCAAAGGGGGUGAUGAGUUUACAGAGGAAGAGAAGAAGAGCAAGAUAAUGGAAGCGUUUAGAAUGUACAUUGCUGAGGGAGAAGAUUGCAUUACUCCAAGAAGCUUGAAGAUGAUGCUGAUGAAGCUUGGUGAGUCUAGAACCACUGAUGAUUGUGUAGUCAUGAUCAAAGCUUUUGAUCUCAAUGCUGAUGGAGUUUUGAGCUUUGAUGAGUUUGCUCUUAUGAUGAUGCAUUAAGGCAUCAGCCCAUCCAAUGUUGUUUGUGGCUUUGUUUGUUUCUUUGUUUGAUUGCUGAAAGCAAUUGGCUGUAAAUAUAUAUAUGGCUUUCCAAGUAAUAAACUCCAUUCUCUGUGCAAAAAAUAGCUAACUGAAUCAGGAGAUUAUUGAUUAGGCGGACACCUAAACCGAUUUUUUUAGAACACAAAUGAUCAAAUUUUGUGAAAAAAAAUUGUUCUGAAAAAAUCAUUUUGUUUAGGUUCAAUUUGUCGACUAAACCGAUUUUUAGAACACUGCUCAUGUUUUAAAGAAGAAGAAACUGCAUGAAUCCUAUUCAGUGUGUUUCUCAUUCACAAAACACUAAAUGUCAAAGCAUCUGCAACAG